GAGGGGCCAAGGUGAGGUUCGUGUAAAAGUAAAAGGAGACACACUCUCGUGUGACCUUGAUGGUUCAUGAGCAGUAGUAGACUCCGAUUACCCUCGAAUACUCCUUUGUUCGAUUCGAUUACAGAAUACGCAAGGAACAACAAGCGGCAACACUGUCGUCUUAGAGCCACUUUGCCAUUCCCUUCCAAAAUUAUCGAGUUAUUAAGAAAUCAUCCCAAACAGUUAAUCUCUUCAGUUUAGAACUUUAUCCAUCAUACACACUACACAAAAACCAAGUAUGACCCCUGUUUCAUCUAAGCAGUACACAGAUGAUGUAAGCUUGCUAAUGGUGUUAAUCGACACAAAUCCAUUGUUCUGGAGCUCAACUGCUACCCCUUUCUCAUUCUCCAAGUUUCUAUCUCAAGUUCUUUCGUUCUUGAACUCAAUUAUUCUACUAAAUCAACUGAAUCAAGUGGUGGUGAUAGCAACUGGAUUCAAUUCUUGUGAUUACAUAUAUGAUUCUUCAUUGGGUCAUGGUAACCUAAGAGCUGAAACAUUGUUGCAAAAAUUAGAAGAGUUUGUGAUUAAAGAUGAAGAGCUUAAUAAGCAAGAAUCAGUUGAUGGAAUUGGAUCUUCUUUGCUUUCAGGAUCUCUUUCAAUGGCACUUUGUUACAUACAAAGAGUAUUUCGUUCUGGAUCAAUUCAUCCACAACCUCGGAUUUUGUGUUUACAUGGAUCACAAGAUGGACCUGGACAAUAUGUUGCCAUUAUGAAUUCAAUUUUUUCUGCUCAAAGAUCAAUGGUGCCUAUAGAUUCAUGUGUUAUUGGGUCACAACAUUCUGCAUUCCUGCAACAGGCUUCUUAUAUAACUGGAGGUGUAUAUCUGAAGCCACAACAGUUAGAAGGAUUGUUCCAGUAUCUAACAACAGUAUUUGCAACAGAUUUGCAUUCACGAAACUUCUUACAACUUCCUAAGCCUGUUGGUGUAGAUUUUCGUGCUUCGUGUUUUUGUCACAAAAAUACGAUUGAUAUGGGGUAUAUUUGCUCUGUUUGUCUAUCUAUUUUCUGUAAGCAUCACAAGAAAUGUUCAACUUGUGGGUCAGCUUUUGGUCAACCCCAAACAAGUGUCUCCACAUCAAAUCAAAAGAGAAAAGCUCCUGAUAGUUAAACUUAAACCAUGUUGUUAAUUAAAGCUUCUUUGUAUGAAAAAAGAAGUGGUUUGCUGAAUUUUGUAGGCAGUUGUCAUAAUUACUAAACUUACUUUUUGAUGAGUUG